GGAAGUAGUGUCUGGCUGAGUUCGGGUGCGUGCAAGGCGGCCGCUGGAGGAGGGCAAGGUGCAGCGCCUGCAAGCUUUGGAGAAAGAGCCGCGAUGUUCCGGAUCGAGGGUCUCGCGCCGAAGCUGGACCCUGAGGAGAUGAAGCGGAAGAUGCGCGAGGAUGUGAUCUCCUCCAUUCGGAACUUCCUCAUCUACGUGGCCCUGCUGCGAGUCACUCCGUAUAUCUUAAAGAAGUUGGACAGCAUAUGAGGAUUGGGAGUCCCGCGGAUGCAUGGCAUGAAGAACCUGGUGACAGUUUCUCCUCCUGUCUGCAGAUGAAUUGGCCCAGAAAGGUGUAAGACUGAUUCAAUGGACAUAAAAACUCUCCUUGUUAAGAACACGUCGGGCCUUGGGAACUGACCUUCAUAGCUGAAAUAUAAAAGUAUUUGGGAAGUGCAAAAAGAUGUCUUGUGGUCAUGGUGUGCCCGCGAGCCCAGCUCUGUGAGUGUUGAUGGGACUGUCAAGCUGUCAGACUCCGAGGGGCUUGUGUCUGAAAUGGCAGUCGUUUCUGUUUACAACUUCCGCUCCAAGUGUGUUUGUGAAGAGCCUGUUUGGGAGUCAGCACACACCCACAGUGACACUUAGGCACAGAACCGGCAGUCUAUAUUUUUAAUAAACAUUCUGAUGAA